AGCUGGGGGGGCCAGGGCCUCAAGGAAGCCCCCGGCAAUGCAUCUUGUCCCACUUCCCACAGACCCAGAGCCGAGCAAGGACCCGAGCGGGCAGCCCCGGCGGCCCCAGCAGGAUGAAGGCGCUCACGGCUGUCCUGUUUGCCCUGCUGUUGUGCCGGCAGCCAGGGAGAGGGCGGGCGCAGGAUGAGGAGGAUGAAGACUCCGACUUUGGCCCGGAGGGCUACGAGGACGACGAGGACGAGGAGGAUGAGGAGGCCAGCAUGACUGCAGAGAGCAGGGGCAGAGGGCUGCUGCGCUGCUACUCCUGCCAGUCCCUGCACAGCGAGGAGCUCUGCAACCAGACACAGAGCUGCGUCCUCAGCCAGACCUUCUGCAAGACCCUCAUCUACCACGGGAGCACCGAGUUGGGUCCCCUGACCACCUACUCGGCGUGGUGUGCCGACACGUGUCAACCCACCAACAGGACAGUGGAGGAGACCCUGAUGACCAUGACCUGCUGCCAGUCCACCCUGUGCAACGUCCCACCCUGGCAGGACCCACUGGACAAGGGGGCAGGCAGCCCCCAGGGCGGUGGGGCAGGGCGCCCCCCGGGUAGCCCCACGGCUGUGGCCACUGCCCUCCUGCUCAGCCUCCUUGCCGGCCUUCAGGCAAUGGGGUCCUGAAUGGGACCCCAUUCAGGUGUGGGGUCCCCAGCCCAGCUUAUACCCUGGCUGGUCAGCACUCUGGCCAGUGCCUUCCCCUCCUGAAACCCCCAACACCAUCUUUGGAGAAUAAACAUGGAGUGUCUUUAA